GUGCACUUUAUUCAAAAUAAUUAACUGUAUUCAAUCAAGCCAUUACUAGCGAGCUUAGCACUGCUUUUGAAAGAUGCGGGUUCGCUAAUGGUGAAACUCGCAUUCAGAGUUGGUCGAUUCACUGCCAAAUUUGUCAUGGCCAAGUAUAAAUUUAUAGAUAUCGGUAUCAACCUUACAGACCCCAUGUUUAGGGGAAUAUAUAGAGGAAACCAAAAACAUGAAGAUGAUUUUGAACAAAUUGUGGAAAGAGCGCUGAGUGUUGGGGUUCAGAAGUACAUGAUCACCGGUGGGAAUCUGGAGGACAGCAGAGAAGCUCUUAAACUGGCGCACAGCCGAGAGGACUUCUUCAGUACUGUAGGAUGCCACCCGACUCGCUGUGGUGAGUUCGAGCAGUACGGGGAAGAGCAGUAUUUCUCCUCCCUCAGAGAGCUGCUCGUUAGUAACAGAGGGAAGGUGGUGGCUGUUGGGGAGUGUGGACUGGAUUUUGAUCGUCUGGAAUUCUGUCCGAAAGAGACCCAGCUGAAGUACUUCGAGAAGCAGUUCGAUUUGGCCGAAGAAACCAAACUACCCAUGUUCCUGCACUGUAGAAACUCUCACCUGGACUUCCUGGAAAUUAUGAGACGAAAUCGUGACAGAUGUGUUGGAGGGGUGGUUCACUCCUUUGAUGGGUCCAAAGAGGACGCUGCUGCUCUUCUAGACCUGGACCUUUACAUCGGCAUUAACGGCUGCUCUUUGAAGACGGAGGAGAAUCUGGAAGCCAUGAAAUCAAUUCCCACAGAGAGACUCAUGAUUGAGACAGACGCACCGUGGUGUGGCAUCAAAAACACUCACGCAGGAUCCAAGUUCAUAAAAACAACAUUCCCCACCAAGAAGAAGUGGGAGACAGGACACUGUCUGAAGGACCGGAACGAACCCUGUCACAUCAUUCAGGUGCUGGAGGUGAUGGCAGCGGUGAGGAACGAGGAUCCGGUAGAGAUGGCCAACACCAUCUACAACAACACACUGAAAGUGUUCUUCACCGGGAGCUGAUAAAGCACCUCCUCACUGCGUGCCUUCGGUUCACUGUGUCUGAAUGAUACAACGGUGGGUCUGUGAGAACUAAGCUGGUUUACUCAGUGGAUCAUUUAAUCUGCUGAUGCUCAGGUUUUUCUCUUACUUAUUGUACAAGUUGACCUGCAGCAGAGAUCCCAGGAUUGAACUUUCAACACAGCUGGUGCAAUUCUGCAAUUCUGAAAUGUAUUAUAAUAAAUGCUUGUUCUGUGUGGAAAA